AUGGAUUCGGACGAUACCUUCAGUUCAUCCGGCGAUGAUGACGGCUCCGAGCAGGAACGCUUGUAUUGGGAAAUCGAAGAUGGCCUAGAGACAAGUGCGGACGUGCUGGGAAAUCAGCGUUUCCUUCCUGUGGACAGAAUGAUCACCUUGGCGACAAGGACCAAUGUUGUGUCAGCUUAUAAAGAGGCCAACGACGGUGCGGGACCAAGCGAAGAAGUCAUCGAGUUUGUGUUGAAAAGGGCGCGAAAGGUCUUCCUGACCCUGAUCCGUAUAAAUCACAUCAAGGCUAUCGAUUCUCUGUAUAAAGCUGGAUUCGAUGACAACAACUUGCCCGUAGGGAAAAUCCGCCCGGAAAAUCGGAAGGGGAGGUUUCGAUGGGAAGUCAGGCGACUAAACGAGACAACCAAUGAGGUCACCUAUGAGCCUGGGUAUGAAGUCUUCAAUAAGUGGGCAAGUGAGACCAUUGCGGGAUUCGUGGACUCGCAGUGGCAAUUUCUGCCAGCAUCCUACAGCGAGUCUAAAUUCUCCCAUACUUUACACCAAGAUUGUCCCUUGCCCUUCCUAGCAGACGGAAACACGGAGCCCGCUGAAGGCCACUUCAGCUGGGUGUACAAAGUCAGAGUUCACAGCACCUAUGCCCAAGGCGAGACUUUCAAACACGUCUUCGGGAAUAUGCAAGAUAUCGCCGUCAAAAUGUUCCGACCAGACUUGAAGGACUAUUUCUAUAGGGAGUUGCAGACCCUUAUGACCAUCAAGGAGAUUGACCACCCACAUCUCAUCAAACCCAUUGCGGCGUACGAGCGAGGCACCAAACGCUGUGUCAUCUUUCCAUGGGCCGGCGGAGGCAACCUGAAAGAAUACUGGAGACAGACUAAUUACGACCCGCCUCUCCGACUUCAACGCGAUGCAUCCCUGAUCUUCUGGGCUCUCAAGCAGAUGCGUGGUCUUUCAGAAGCACUCAAAAUGCUUUAUGAGCACAAUGGUCGCCACGGUGACCUUAAACCAGAAAACAUCCUACGGUUCAACGAAGGGGACGGCCAUGGCAGGUUGGUGAUUGCCGACGUGGGUCUCACAAAGUUUCAUGUGCUGGCGACCCAGCGGCGUGAUAAGAAGUCAUCAAUCAUGUCUCGCACUCUUCGGUAUGAAGCCCCUGAAAUUGAUAUCGACAUCGACGACCGCGACAAGCCGCGUUCGCGCGACUACGACCCCUGGUCCAUGGGAUGCAUCUUCCUCGAGUUCGUCAUCUGGUUACUUUACGGUGGCAAGGAGCUGGACAAGUUUAACCAAAACGCAAGAGACGACAAGUUUUGGCAUCGCCAUGGUGGGCAGUACUGCAUACACCCAGAUGUCCAGAACUGGAUGAAAAGGAUAUCGGGAGACCUUGUGACUACGACGUCGCUCAAGGAUGUCAUGGAAUUGGUCGAGAAGCGACUCCUGGUCGUCAAGUUGGCCAAAGACGUGACUCCACCAGAGCAUGGCCGUGCGACAGCUCCAGAAGCGUUCGAGCAGAUGGAUGAGAUUUUCAAACAUGCUGAACUGGAACCAGCAUACCUUUUUGACUCGAGGAUUUGGAACCGUACAAAUGGAAAUGGUGCGCCGGGGUCCAAUCUCGUCGUGCCACAAUUUUCAAAGAGACCUCCUGUACCCAGGAGCCCUUCCGAACUCGUGACCAAGAGCUCGAACGAGACUAUCCGCGGGGACAAUAACAGUCCUACAAUAUCCACUGAUGCACCUUACGGCGAAACCAUUAUCCCCAAAUCGAAUCCUCCCCUUCAAACCUAUAAUGUGCCGCAACUCAGCAAAUUGAACAAUGUUUGGGAAUCCGAGCCCGAUAACGAGUUCGCACGAAAAUUCAUCAAACAUGUGGACUGGGCUACAGUCAAACCUCCACUCUCGGAUUCCAAUUUGUGUGAGACCUGUACAUCAUUGGACAUCUGGUCGCAAGUCCGAAUCGAGCUUGUCAUUUCGAAGCUACGAGAGAGCUCUCAGAUAUGCGCACUUUGCAAACUCUUCUAUCAUAGUCUCCCAGAUUUGGGGAUACAAAACGAUGCCGUGAAACUGCGUCGAGAUGGUUCCACGCUCAGAGCGGAUGCUGGCGGGCCUCCUAUCAUCUCCAUUUACGUCGAACCAGAAUCUGAUGCUUCAUCUCCUGCGUAUGCACAAAUUGGCCUACCCCAGCUGCCCAACCCGAAAAGCCCGGAACAGUUCGCGUUGCUGCGAGAGUGGCUACGAAACUGCGAUGAAUCCCAUGCAUGUAUCCCCCGACAAACCGGGGCCAAUGCACGCAGUAUGCCCAAGAGACUCAUCGACGUUGGCUCAUCUUCCGAAAAGAGGCUGCGUUUAGUAGAGAUGGACCGCAAUAGCGUCGAGAAGUAUAUGGCUCUCAGUCACUGCUGGGGCAAGCUGACUGACGAGGAGAAAUUCUGCACGACUGAAGAAAACAUUGAAGCACUUAAGAUCAGCAUAGACUACGGAAAACUUACCAGGACAUUCCGAGACGCUGUUGACGCUACGCGAGAGCUCAACGUCCCGUACCUUUGGAUUGACUCCAUUUGCGUUGUUCAAGACGAUGCGAAGGACUGGGAGGUCGAGUUGGGGAAGAUGGAAAACGUGUUUAGCUCUGCGUAUUGCACUCUGGCUGCGAGUUCGGCUGAGUCUUCGCUGGUUGGGUUCCCGAGUAGUAGGACGCCGAGGACAUAUGUGGCCGUCCGCUCGAGCACACGUGCAAAUGGUACGACGUACUUCGCCAAGUGCAUCGACAACUUCCACCAAGAUGUCGAGGCAGCAGUCCUGAAUACGCGCGGAUGGGUAUUCCAGGAACGAGCGCUGUCUCGGCGAACUAUCCAUUUCACGUCGAACCAGAUCUACUGGGAGUGUGGGAAGGGUGUUCAUUGCGAGACCUUGGCCAAACUCAAAAACCCCAAAGCCGCCUUCCUGGGGGAUUCUGACUUCCCCACCUUAGCCCUCGAAUACUUCCGCGGCGGUCGCAUAGUUCACUUCCAAGGCCUCUACGAGAUGUACUCCCGCCUGGCCUUCACAAACCCCACCGACCGAUCCGUAGCCCUCCUAGGUCUCGAGCAACGCCUCGCGCGCACCUUCAAGAUGCAAGGCGACUACGGAAUCUUAGAAGGAUUUCUCGAGCGGAGUCUGCUAUGGCGAGCUGAAAAGCCCUACGGGAUGAAACGGAUUUCCUUCCCGCCUGGAAGGGGGUGCCCGUCUUGGUCCUGGAUGGCUCAUAUGGGGGCGAUUGGAUACUUGGAGAUUGAUUUUAACAGGACAGAUUGGAGUAAGGAGGAUUUUAGGAAUCCGUUUGAGCUGGGUUCCUUGAGGAGGACGUAUGGGGAGAGAGGGGGGAAGGGGGUGGUGGAGUUGGCGGCGUUGGCGCGUGUGCUGGAUAUUGAUAGGGUUGAGUUUUCAAAGAGAAUAAUUUUGGAUGAAGUUGAUGGUGGGGAAGCGAAUUUGUUUAAAUGCAUUGUUAUUGGAAAGGAGAAGGGGAUGGUCGAAAGGGAGGGUGAUCGGACUCACUAUGUUCUCGUUGUCAAACCAUCACCCAAGGGGACGUCGGAUGACGUUUACGAACGGGUUGGUGUGGCGACUCUCCUACGUUCUCAGAUAUCCUUGUCACCGGGAAAAUGGACUAGAGUGCUAUAUCCACGUACAUUCAGCAUUUAUGCAGCCGAGAGAGGAGCUCUUGGUCUUAUCUACUAA